AUGCGCAUUCCAUGGGAUGGCUCUUCCAUGAGAGUAAUGGAGGUCGCUCUGAGCGAUAGACCCCCUUCGAUUUUCACCGACGGCCGCACCGAAGAGCUCGAAGCAGAUCUUGUGCACCUUCCCAAACUCUGGGACUGCGUAAGCAGACACUCUUUCCGUUGGGAAUUUCGCACCCUCCUCGCCCUUCUCACCCACACGGAUCUGAGGACAAUAACCCAAAGCAUGCGCGAUAGGAUGGUCACCCCGGACAACUUCUUGUACACAUGCCUCGAGGCAGGGUCAGGUCUCCGUCUGAACGGGUAUUUGUCUCAUCUUUGUGGUGUGAGGGUAUAUGGAGACGCCUUCAUUUUCAGGUGGGAUCCGCAGCAAUACGGGCCAGAUGGGCGUGCGACACUGAUAGACACGGAAGAGAUUUUUAUCGAAAGCGAGUACAAUGGGACAUUUCUGCCGAAGUUACUGUGUAACUUCUUCAAACCGGGUGAGGGUAAGGGCAUCAAGUUGUAA